AUGAUCAACAUGUCAAUUCUUAGGCAUGUUAAUAUUCUUUGUUCUUUGAGGUGCUUCUCAUCAUCUGGACCCCAAAUACUGAGGACCGGAGAUAUCUUAAGGCAGAGUAGAAUAUUCUCCAGUGAAGACAUUAUUGAUUAUUCAAAAGUGAGCCACGAUUCAAAUCCUCUUCAUUUUGAUGCUGAAGUAGCUCGGAAUUCAGGAUUUGAAGAUCGACCUGUCCAUGGGAUGCUUGUUGCUGCAUUAUUCCCACGAAUUAUUGCCUCUCGCUUCCCUGGAGCGAUCUAUGUGUCCCAAAGCUUGCAAUUCAAGUGGCCUGUCAAUGUCGGAGAUGAGGUUGUGGGUGAAGUACAGGCUGUUAACAUCAGAGAAACCAAGAAAAAAUAUUUGGUAAAGUUCUUGACAAAAUGUUUCAAAAGCGGUGAGCUUCUAGUCAUCGAUGGGGAGGCCGUAGCGAUUUUACCUUCACUUGCCUUGGGUUAAAUCUCACUAUUUUGGCUGCUAUGAGGAGGUAGCUUGUAGCUGAAUGAUGUUGAUCGGAGACAUGAGCAAUCAACCCGAUGUUGAAACUACUUUAUAGACCGCGAUAACCUGCGGAGGCUUUUGUCAUGGUUUUAUCCGUAAAGACAUUCUAGUUUUGCAAUGUUAAUUUUUGCAAUGUUGAACAAGUCAGUCUUGUACU